UUAAUGCAUUUUUCUUUACAGAUAUGUGGUCAGCGAAAAUAGAGUGAUAUUCAUGCUCAAUAAUGGAGCAAUGGCAUGGGAAAUAAAAGAUUUCCUUGUUAACCAGGAUCGAUGCGAGGAGGUGACAAUUGAAGGGAAAUCUUACCCCGGGAAGGCAUACAGUGGUGAUCCUGCAGCUACAGCAGAAGAUGAGCAUAAAAAGGACAGCAAGAAAAAUAAAAAGGGGAAAGAUAAAAAAUCAAAGGAAAGUGAAAAUAACAAGAAAGAAAAGGAAAUAACUGAUAAUAGAACUACUAAAGAUAAGAAAAAGAAGGAGAAAACAGAAUUGUAAUAUUUAUAAAUCUCAGCAUUUCAUAUAUGAAACAUGAUGAUAUACUCUGCUGGUUGUAUUAUAUAAUAUCAGGAAACUCAUCAAGUUACUGUCAUAGCAUUGCUUUUGUAUCUAUCUAUAUCUUAAAUAUAGAUAUUUAUGAAAGUUAAAUCUUGGAACUUCAUGUACAUCUCACCAGUGGCAAUACGCACAUGGUAAGCAUGGCUAAUAUGAUAAAAAUGACUGGCUUCAUGUGCUUUUUCACUGUGCCUUUGGAUAUAGAUUAUCUGCCAUCUGCAUAUUACAUUAUCAAUAUGACAUCAACAUAUUUUAUGAGUGGAUCUACAAUUUGAAGGAUUAGAGAUGGCCUUGGUGGCCAAUCAUAUGCACCUGUCUUCCAAAAUAUGUAAAACAUAUUUAAAUGCAGCAUGUGGGUGGUUCUUAGGAGGGUUGGGGUUUAAGAGACCUCCCCAAAUAUCACUUUGGUUAAUUACAGUCAGUAAUGAUGCAUUGUGGUGUAAUUUUAGAUUGUUGCAGCCAUUUAAUGUAUCAAGCUCAUUUGAACUGUUCUAGUAUUGCGGCACACCCUCUACCCUAUGGACCCACAAGUUGGCAUCACCAUCACAGUGUAUUUGUAUUUUACGUAAUUGUUACACUUAGAUUGAAUUUAUGUGUCAUUGAUUAAUAUGAAUAUAUGCCCCAUGUCUUGUAUAUCUUAAUCAUUGAUUUUGCAUUUGUAUAUAUAUAUAAAUAAUAUCAUUAAUAUUUGU